GCGUGUGCAUAUUCCGGAUAAACACUGCAACUUUUGGUUUUUAGCAGCAACUACAUCCCAACAUAGUUAAAAAUGGUCCGUCGCCUCAGGAAAACUAAACAGAGCCAAAAGUACAACUACCAGACGAAUCGGAAACGAUUGAACAAAAAGAUCCAUGGAACCGGUAUGAUUCAAUGCCUUGAAAUCCGCAAAGCUGCUGAUCCGAAGAAAAAGUUGGCCGCAAACAUUCGAGACAUGGGGCUUGCCUAUAAUGUCAAUAGGACCAUCCCGAUUCCCAACAGCAAGCAGGAACGUCUGAAGGUAGCCAAAUAUGUAAACGGGUUUCUCGAGGAGGACAAUUCCGAUACUGAGCCAACGGUAGACGUGGAAGCUAAAAAGAGGAAAAAUCCUAAAGCCUACGUUGCGGAAAAACUGGAACAAGAUGCUAACGAGUACGUGGAGAGCCGAUUUCGAUUGCCGAAGGGCCAGGUCAAGUAUGUCACCGAU